AUGUAAAAAUCCUAACUGAUUAGAGUUUUAAGUGAUUCUAAUAAGUGCCCAACGCCUUUUCAGAUGACAAGAUAGUUAAGUUAAGAAACUCUAACUGGAUUCUCACAAUGUUUAUCAAAUGAUCGAGAACAUGUUAGAUUGUCUAGAUAAGUUAAUUAGUUAAAAAAAGAGAAUGAAAUAUUAUAAAUAAAAAUAAAACAAUUAGAACAAUAGGAUUUUAAAACAAAGAUCGCAAGUCUAGAAUAAAAGAAUAAAUAAUUGGAAGUAUAGUUAGAUGCUUAUAAAAAAUUGCCAAUUGAUCAAAUAACCUCUUUGAUUGAUGACAACGAACGAUUGACAAGCAUGGUGGAGAAUCAAUCUAAUAAAAUUAAACAAUUAUUAACAUAAAUAGAUGAACUAAAGGAAACAUCGUUUUAAAAUGAAGGAAAAAAUGACCUUAUAAUAGCAAUGAUUUAGGAAUUGGAAAACCAAAGACUAUAUGUUUAGGAUGAGCAUAAAAAGCAGAAAGCCUUGAACUAAGAGAAAUAGAUGAUUUAUAUAGAACUUUAACUAGCCAAACAAUAGAUUAAAGAAUUAAACCAAGCUCUAGAAAGGAUUAAGAUGCAAAAUUUAGAGAGUAGUGAGCCUUGUGAUGUUCUGUAUCAGGAUUACUUAAAAAGUAAUGACGCAGUAUUAAAUUUCUUAAAACAAUAAUAUUGA